GAAAAGAACGGUACUCUAUUCCUCUCUUGCGCUCUAUUGCUUUCUUACGCUCUAUUGCUCUCUUGCGCUCUAUUGCUGAGGAAGUUGGAUCUUGGAAUCGUGUGCCACUCUUAUCUCAGAGAACCAUGAGUGAUCAAUCCAUUCAAAUCCAAAUGCUCGCUGAAAAAUUCCACCGUUUCGUUCUUGACUACGAACUCAAGCAACCGUCGAUCACUUCUGAGCCAGAUGAUGUAUCGAAGCAAGUGAACGAGAACUCAGACUCCGUGGACGAAAACAGUAUGUCACAGGGAAUCCACGAAGUUUCUCCGGAUAAAGGUCACACACUUCCUAUAUUGAAGAAAAUACUUGAUCUCGACACUAAAAUUCAGGAUUUGAAGAAGCAUCACAUAUCAUUGUCUGAUGAAGUUAAGCUCACGAUUGAAUCUUUUCCGGGCACUGAUGUUUUGAAGUCCGUGCAGCUUCUCGGUGCUGAAUAUGAACUCUUGAAAAGAAAGUACCUGGAGGAGUCCUCUGAGCGAAGGCGGCUUUACAAUGAAGUAAUUGAACUCAAGGGGAAUAUCAGAGUUUUCUGCAGAUGCCGACCAUUAAAUGCAAGUGAAAUUGCUAAUGGGUCUGCUUCUGUUGUCAAUUUUGAGUCGUCUUCAGAUAAUGAGCUUCAAGUCAUUUGUGCAGAAUCUUCUAAAAAGCAAUUUAAAUUCGACCAUGUAUUUGGGCCAGAAGAUAACCAGGAGGCUGUGUUUCAACAGACCAAACCCAUUGUUACAUCAGUAUUGGAUGGCUACAAUGUCUGCAUUUUUGCCUAUGGGCAAACUGGAACUGGGAAAACAUUCACUAUGGAAGGAACACCAGAACACAGGGGAGUUAACUACCGAACCCUGGAAGAGUUAUUUCGGAUAACUGAAGAGAGAAAUGGCACGAUGAAGUAUGAAUUAUCUGUCAGCAUGCUGGAGGUUUACAAUGAGAAGAUAAGAGAUCUGUUGGUGGAAAAUUCAACUCAACCUACAAAGAAAUUGGAGAUAAAGCAAGCUGCCGAAGGAACCCAAGAUGUCCCUGGACUUAUUGAAGCACGUGUUUAUGGAACAGAAGACGUGUGGGAAAUGCUUAAGACUGGAAAUCGAGUCAGAUCAGUUGGAUCCACCUGCGCUAAUGAGCUUAGUAGCCGUUCGCACUGCUUGUUGCGAGUAACUGUAAUGGGGGAAAAUUUAAUUAAUGGCCAGAGAACAAAGAGUCACCUUUGGCUAGUAGACUUAGCUGGCAGUGAGCGAGUGGGAAAAACUGAAGCUGAGGGAGAAAGACUGAAGGAAUCUCAAUUCAUAAAUAAGUCUCUUUCAGCGCUUGGUGAUGUUAUUUCUGCCCUUGCUUCUAAAUCAGCCCACAUUCCAUACAGGAACUCAAAACUCACUCAUAUGCUGCAAAGCUCGUUAGGUGGAGACUGCAAAACAUUAAUGUUUGUGCAGGUAAGUCCAAGCGCAGCAGACUUGGGAGAGACACUUUGCUCACUGAAUUUCGCCACCCGCGUCCGUGGAAUCGAGGGUGGCCCGGCUCGCAAGCAAGUAGACCACUCUGAGUUGUUUAAGUACAAGCAAAUGGUAGAAAAGCUCAAACAAGACGAGAAGGAAACAAUUAAAUUACAGGAUAGCUUGCAAAUUGCUCAACUCAGGCUUGCUACAAGAGAACAGCAUUGUAGAACCCUUCAAGAAAAGGUUCGGGACCUGGAGAACCAGAUCGCCGAAGAAAGAAAGCACAGACUAAAGCAAGAAAGUAGAGCACUUGCUGCUGUUUCGGCUCAACCCUCAUUACCAUCACAACAGACAACAGCUCAGAAAACAAUGACUGACAGGAAGCCACCACUGAAUCCUUCCAAACUCAGACAACCACUGAGAAAAAUAACCAAUUCCAUGCCUCCACAGUCUCCUUGGAGAUCAAAGAAUUACACCACAUUCAUGAAUGGAAAGGAAAACUCUGUGAGAAGGGCUUCAAUGGCGACCAAUUCCGUGAGGCAAGCUGCGCCAUCAACAACAGGGCAGUUCUUUCAGGCAAGGAGGAGGGUCUCCAUUGCCGUUAGACCACCACCUUCAACAUCAACAACGCAGGUCAUUCAGCCAAGGAGGAGGGUCUCCAUUGCCACACUACCGCUUCACACAACUUCUAGCAUGUCAACUCCACUUCGUACCUCAGCAUUCCGAGUUACCGGUGGAAGCAAUCAGCAAUCACGGAUAAGAAGCCAAAGGAAAGAUAGGUAUUCAAGUUUGUUUGCCCCAAUGCCAGAGUUGAGAGAAUCAGUCUUGACAACACCAAUGUCAGUAAGGAGCAGCAGCAAGUUUAUGAUGAACAGUCCAACACAGGCAGAUUCCAGGAUGAUGGGGCCCAUUAGGAAUCAACCUGUUCUUGCUCUACAACGUAAACCUGUGGUCUGGAGUCCUCUUAAGCUAAGAACCAUGAACAGAAAGUCAUCACUCCUGCCGUAUCGCCCAACCCAAAUGCAGUAAACAUUGUUUUCUCAAACAACGGACAAAAAAGUGGAGUUUUUUAGCUAAUGCCAACGUGUAUAAAUUACUGUGCUGCAUUAUGAAUCAACCAAGAUUCAAUUAAAUUUUUCUCAAAACAUGUCAUGCAAAUACUCUUGCGUAUGUUGUUCGAUCAAAUUUCUGAUCUUAGAUUUAAGUUUCAAAUUCAUGCUCGUGGUGUUUGUUGUGCGAUCAAAUUUCUUACAGAUCUCACGUGUCUCAAAUUCUUUUAUUUACUCGUUUGCUU